ACCCGAUAAUCUCAAAGGCACCCCCAAAACCAAAACCCUACUCUCUCUCCCCUCCCUUUCACUCUGUAAUCUGUAUGCGCUAGGGUUUCAAAAUCGGAGUCCAUGGCUACGGAGACUGCUGCGAGAUCGAGCUCGGCGGCUGAUUCGUACAUAGGGAGCUUGAUUAGUUUGACUUCCAAGAGUGAGAUCAGAUAUGAAGGCAUGCUUUAUAACAUCAACACCGAAGAGUCCAGUAUUGGACUCAGAAAUGUGCGAUCUUUUGGAACAGAAGGAAGAAAGAAGGAUGGAGCACAAAUCCCACCGGGAGACAAAGUUUAUGAGUAUAUUUUAUUUCGCGGGAGUGACAUCAAGGAUUUACAGGUUAAAUCUUCUCCACCUGUUCAGCCUACACCACCUAUAAACAAUGAUCCAGCUAUUAUCCAGUCUCACUAUUCCCGCCCAGCUCCUUCAACAUCGAGCUUGCCUGCUCCAGCUAGUGGAUCUUUGACGGAUAUUAAUUCCCAUGCUCCACAGAUGGGACUCCCUGGUCCAAAUUUCCAAGGUAGUUUACCUUUAUAUCAACCUGGAGGCAAUUUAGCGUCAUGGGGUGGUACGCCGCCUCCUCCAAGUGCAAAUGGUAUGCCAAUGUAUUGGCAAGGAUACUAUGGCCCUCCAAAUGGGCUACCUCAUUUACACCAGCAGUCAUUGCUUCGACCACCACCUGGGCUGUCAAUGCCUUCUUCACUGCAGCAGCCACUGCAGUACGCCAAUUUUACUCCCUCCUUACCUACUGGAGCUUCAAACUUGCCCUCAAACUUGCCUGAAGUUCCACCACCUGUGCUUCCUGCUGCUAGUAUUAGUUCCUCUAGUUUGACUGCUACUUCUUUAUCCCCGUCAACAUUGCCAACAACUCUGCCUCCAGUGCCUUCUACAACAUUAUCUCUUGAAACUCUACCAAGCUCAAUGCCUAACAAAGCACCUAGUUCUGCCCCCUCUGCACCUUCGGCAGCCAUGCUUAGUGCAAGCUUGCCACCACUAUCUUCUCUGGCUACUUCAAGCCCAGAUACAAGUGUUGUGCCACCAAUCUCUAACAAGCCCCAUGCAAUUUCUGGUCCAACCUUGCCUUAUCCAAGCGCAUCUCAAACGACUUCCUCUGUUGCUGGGACAGCCAAUUCUUUGCACACGGAAACACUAGUGCCUUCUUUGGUAACCCCAGGCCAGCUUUUGCAGUCGGGAUCCGCUACAGUCUCUUCAUCUCAAUCUCUGCAAACAGCUCACAAGGAUGUGGAGGUUGUACAAGUUUCAUCAUCAACCUCAUCAGAACCAUCGGUUCCACUUUCAGCAGAACCUCAGCCACCAAUAUUGCCACUUCCUCAACAACCUGCACAGGCUGGUCAAAAGGACUAUGUGCGUUCUCAGCCAAAUGGAGCUCCAUACCAAAAUCAAAAUCGCCAGGGUUAUACAUAUAGGGGACGUGAAAGAGGACGGGGGACUGGGAGUUCACGUCCUAUAACAAAAUUCACUGAAGAAUUUGAUUUCAUGGCAAUGAAUGAGAAGUUCAACAAGGAUGAGGUUUGGGGUCAUCUUGGCAAGAGUAACAAACCUCACAAAGAGGGUGAUGGGAAUUACAGUGAUGAAGAUGACAUUGAAGAUGAAGACGAGGCUGAGUUAUCGAAGCCCGUCUACAAUAAGGAUGACUUCUUUGAUACCAUCUCGUGCAAUUCUACGAGUCAUGACCAGAAUGGAAGGACAAGAUACUCUGAGCAAAUAAAGAUAGAUACAGAGACUUUUGGCGCUUUUUCAAGGUACCGGGGUGGAAGAGGCGGCCGUGGUCUUGGGCGUGGUGGCCGUGGUCGUGGUGGCUACUAUGGAAGGGGUUAUGGAGGUGGCGGCGGCUAUGUCCCAAGGGGCCGUGGCCGGGCCAUGCCCACUCGUGCUGCCUAUGAGAGUUAGUAUUGGUAAACAUUCAAAGCCUCAUCUUGCCCUUCAGAACAGCAAAGAGAUUUAGGGCUUAUGCUAGUGUUGUGCUUUUUGCUUUAUUUAUGCUUGUCCAGAGAAUAAGUAGAAGUAAAUGCUUUUUUUUUUCAGUAUCAAAUUGCCGGUCGGUCUGUAUGUGUUUCUUCAACCUGACUUGACAUUCCUUUUUAUUGACCAAAUCAAGAAGCACCGAGUUUAGUGAAAGAAAACCUUCUGUUUA